AUGAAGAGGAAACAGAAGAGAUUUCUGCAGAUGACUUUGUUAUUCAUGGUGGCUUUAAUAUUCCUGCCCAACAUUGGCCUCUGGUCUCUGUACAAGGAUAAGCAUCUGGUGAAAUCUACGGAGCCUGGGGAGCAGCAGACAUUUCCACUGGGCCUGGGAGAUGGGCAAUUCUAUGCAUGGACAGAUGGUUUGAGAAGAAAAGACUGGCAUGACUAUGAAAGCAUUCAGAAAGAGGCUAUGCGCUCAGGGAAAGGUGAACAUGGGAAACCUUACCCCCUCACUGAAGAGGACCAUGAUGACUCGGCUUACAGGGAAAAUGGCUUCAAUAUCUUUGUCAGCAACAAUAUUGCUCUAGAGAGGUCGCUGCCCGAUAUUCGUCAUGCUAAUUGUAAGCACAAGAUGUACCUGGAAAGACUGCCAAACACCAGCAUCAUUAUCCCCUUUCAUAAUGAAGGUUGGACUUCACUCCUGCGGACCAUACACAGUAUAAUUAACCGAACCCCAGAGAGUCUGAUAGCAGAAAUCAUUUUAGUAGAUGACUUCAGUGAUAGAGAGCACCUGAAGGAUAAGUUAGAGGAAUACAUGGCCCGCUUUUCCAAAGUAAGGAUUGUUCGCACCAAGAAAAGGGAAGGGCUCAUCCGGACCCGACUCUUGGGGGCAUCUAUGGCGAGAGGAGAAGUCCUGACGUUCCUGGACUCCCACUGCGAGGUCAACGUGAACUGGCUGCCCCCGCUCCUUAACCAAAUUGCACUAAACCACAAAACCAUCGUGUGCCCCAUGAUCGAUGUCAUUGACCACAAUCACUUUGGGUAUGAGGCACAAGCUGGGGACGCCAUGCGAGGCGCCUUCGACUGGGAAAUGUACUACAAAAGAAUCCCCAUCCCUCCAGAGCUCCAGAGGGCAGAUCCCAGCGACCCUUUUGAGUCUCCUGUUAUGGCUGGAGGUCUCUUUGCUGUGAAUCGAAAAUGGUUUUGGGAGUUAGGUGGCUAUGAUCCAGGCUUAGAAAUCUGGGGAGGAGAACAGUAUGAAAUCUCUUUUAAGGUUUGGAUGUGUGGAGGAGAAAUGUUCGAUGUCCCAUGCUCUAGAGUUGGUCAUAUCUACAGGAAGUACGUCCCUUAUAAAGUUCCAUCUGGGACCAGUCUGGCAAGAAACCUGAAGCGGGUGGCUGAGACCUGGAUGGAUGAAUUUGCCGAGUACAUUUACCAGCGACGCCCAGAGUACAGGCACCUCUCCACCGGGGACAUCUCUGCCCAGAAGGAGUUGCGCAAACAGCUCAAGUGCAAGGACUUCAAAUGGUUCAUGGCUGCAGUGGCCUGGGAUGUGCCCAAGUACUACCCUCCCGUGGAGCCCCCACCCGCUGCCUGGGGAGAGAUUCGAAACGUGGCAGCCAACCUCUGCGUGGACAGCAAGCACGGAGCCACAGGCACUGAGCUAAGGCUGGACAUCUGUGUCAAGGACGGCUCUGAGAGGACGUGGUCUCAUGAACAGCUCUUUACUUUCGGGUGGAGAGAAGACAUUCGGCCCGGGGAGCCGCUGCACACCCGCAAGUUCUGCUUCGACGCGGUCUCCCACAGCAGCCCGGUCACUCUCUACGACUGUCACGGCAUGAAGGGGAACCAGCUCUGGGGCCACCGCAAGGACAGAACACUAUUCCAUCCUGUGAGCAACAGCUGCAUGGAUUGCAACCCUGCAGAGAAGAAGAUUUUCAUGGCCAGAUGUGACCCUCUAUCUGAGACUCAGCAGUGGAUUUUUGAACAUAUUAAUAUGACUGUUUUAGAAAAAUUUAACCACCAUGCCAGCUCCUAG